AUGUCCUCCACGUCGUCGCCAGUGCCGGUAAAUCGGCUGAUUACUUAUCUCCGUAUGCUUCAACGCUCCAAGCCGGGAUUGCCUCAUGGCCAACUCGUUUGCGUGUCUGCGUCCCACACGAUUACCACCACAGAGGCUCUGCUCCAGCUUGCUUCUGCGGUCGGAUCACAGAUCGCCAUUCUCCAGAUCCAGGCAGACAUAAUCGACGAUUGGUCCGACGAGACUGUGAACCAAUUGAUGGUGCUGGCAAAGACAUAUGGAUUCUUACUAUGGGAAGGCGGAAGGAUUCUGAAUCCGUACCUGAGCUCUCUGGGAAAACGCGAGUCAGAAUCUAUCGGACAGAGGAAAGAGAUCAUAGAAUGCAUCCGAAGGUCCUAUACUAAGGGCAGGCUUAACAUGGCUUCAUGGGCGGGCCUGGCAACUGCCUGGGCAUCUGGGGUAAUGGCCGAGAAGCAGGAAACGGAUAUGCUAAUCCCAACGCUCAAAAACGCCGCUCGCGAGACAGUUUCCGUGAUAGCGCAGACUAUUACUACUGAGAUUACGGCCGAGGGCACAAAGGGUGACCACCAAACACAGGAUGAUCACCAGUUACCUGAUAGCUUUGUGGACCAGGACGAAUCAGGCGACGGUGGGCUUACUCCUAGUUAUGCCAUAACUAAAGAUCUUGGAGAUGUCAUGCCCCUUCCACCAAGGAAAGCCUCCACUAUAUCGCUCACGCAGACCAUCACCCAACACACUGAAACCUCGCUCUCGUCGCCUUCAAUCAUUGAGCGCCGGGACUCUGUGGAAGAUGUACUACUGCAGUUCACUAUCACCGGGGACGAUAUCCCUCCCCCACCGCUGCUCGUUCGUGGACUAGUCCUCUGCCUGCCGUCUUUGAGGCUUAGUAUUUUCACUCCGGAGUACAGACGGAGUUGUCUGGCGGCUGCGCGGGCCAAUCGCGAUUUCGUUAUUGGCUUUGUUUCCAAGGAACCGUGGACGGUCAUUUCCCGGACAGAUGAUAUACUUGAUGUGCACGAGGUCAGUGCAUCGGAAGCCCACAGCAGCAGGGAAGAAGCUGGUGGACGCGACUCAGAUGUGGUUCCCGACUGGUUCAUUGUCUUCUCUCCCAUUACCGAGAUUGCCGCCAAUUCGUCCAGUCACGAGGAAUCCGAUGCCCGAGAGCACCGCUCAUCUAAUCAGCGAGGAAAUGGCACGGAAGAGGUUGACUGUCUUGCCAGUGGAACACUGCCGGAAUCUGGACCAGCUACACAAAGUUCUCAAGCCUCUCGCUUAUCUGCUAUUGUUCAGCAAGCGAUGGCCGUUCGUGACGAAACCAGCAAAAAGGAAGCUGGCACUGCCCGACAAAGCGGACGCAAGCCGAACAGAACCAACAUUCUCUACAUUCCCAUUGUAAAGCUUGGUCUAUAA